UUGGAGGAUGCUGCGGGCACUGACCUGCACGCAGCGUUUAUUCCAAUCGGUUUGGAAGCGCACAAGAUCGCCGCUGAUCCUGAAGAAAAUGGAUUGGGGGCCUCGGAUUCAAUAGCUGUAAAGGAGACCUAUUCGGCUGAUGCUAUCGCACGGUUGAAACUUAAUGAAUAUCCUUUCUAUGUGGAAAGGGAGUGGUGGAAGAAAGGAAAGCGAACGUGUUUCUGGGCAACUUGGCGACAGUUGAGAGAUAUCAAGCGUCGUGAACAUAUCGCAGAAAUUGGAGGUCACCGAACGCGCUUGAAAGCUAUAAAAGAAAAUUCCAUUCUCCCACAGGCCAUCCGAGAUGCUGCAGCCGAUGAGCUCCUUAAUCUGCCCAAAACGGCCCACCCAAGACGGGUUCUCAAUAUGUGCAUGUUCACGGCACGACAAAGAGGAAAGAUCAAGCCGUACCGAAUCAAUAGGCAUAUAUUUAGGAGACUGGCUGACCAUAGUAAACUGAGCGGCGUUCAACGUGCUAUGUGGUAG